ACCGGAAGUAGCUGCCAAUGACCCAGAAUUGCUUUCCACUGUCAUCACAGUGUGAUGUCCGACACAUUCAAGCGUAGUUGGGAUAUUUACUUUUCAACUCGGAGAAAAAUAAGUCCCUUUUUUUGGCAUACUGUGAGCAUUUCUGAGUAAUUCAACCGUUCAUUUGUGAGCUGCUUGCAGGCGGCCACCAUGAGCAACAGCCAUCCUCUGCGGCCGCUGGCCUCCGUAUCGGAGAUCGACCACAUCCACCUGCUGUCGGAGCAGCUGGGACCUCUGGCGCUCUGCGAGCAAUACAGCGAUGUCACCUUCAUCGUGGAGGGGAAGCGCUUUCCUGCACAUAACGUUAUCCUGGCCGCCCGAUGCCACUACUUCAGGGCCCUCUUGUAUGGCGGAAUGAAAGAGUCGCAGCCCCAAGCAGAGAUUUGUCUGGAGGAGACGCAGGCAGAGGCAUUCUCCAUGCUGCUCAACUACUUGUACACCGGCCGCGCCAGCCUCAGCUCGGCUCGCGAAGAGGUGUUGCUCGACUUCCUCGGCCUGGCCCACCGCUACGGCCUCCAGCCACUAGAGGACUCCAUCUCCGACUUCCUCCGCACCAUCCUGCACAACAAUAAUGUCUGCUUGGUGUUUGAUGUGGCCAGCCUGUACUCUCUCAGCACGCUCAGCGCCGCCUGCUGUUCCUACAUGGACAAACACGCACCGGAAGUUCUCAACUCUGACGGCUUCUUGACACUAUCCAAGACGGCUCUGCUGACGGUGGUCCGCCGCGACUCUUUUGCUGCCAGCGAGAGGGAGAUCUUUCAGGCCUUGUGUCGCUGGUGCCAGCAGUACGCCGAAGGCCCCGAGACUCAGGAAGUGAUGGCGGCGGUGCGUCUGCCGCUCAUGACCCUGACGGAGAUGCUGAACAUAGUUCGACCGUCUGGCCUCCUGAGCCCAGAUGACCUGCUGGACGCCAUCAAGCUGCGCUCCGAGAGCCGAAACAUGGACCUAAACUUUCGCGGCAUGCUAAUACCGGAGGAGAACAUCGCCACCAUGAAGCAUGGAGCUCAGGUGGUGAAAGGUGAGCUCAAGUCGGCUCUGCUGGACGGCGACACUCAGAACUAUGACCUGGACCACGGCUUCUCCAGACACCCCAUCGAGGAGGACGGCAGGGCCGGGAUCCAGGUCAAACUGGGCCAGCCAUCCAUUAUCAACCAUGUGCGCCUGUUGCUGUGGGACAGAGACAGUCGCUCCUAUUCCUACUACAUUGAGGUGUCCAUGGACGAGCUGGACUGGGUGCGGGUCGUAGACCAUUCCAAGUACCUUUGCCGCUCCUGGCAGAAUCUCUUUUUCACGUCUCGAGUCUGCAGGUACGUGCGCAUUGUCGGAACACACAACACGGUCAACAAGGUCUUUCAUCUUGUGGCUUUUGAGUGUAUGUUCACAAACCGCUCGUUUACACUGGAGCAGGGACUUCUGGUGCCCACCGAGAACGUGUCCACUGUGGCGGGCUGUGCCAGCGUCAUCGAGGGUGUCAGUCGCAGCAGAAACGCCUUGCUCAACGGCGACACUCGAAACUACGACUGGGACUCAGGCUACACCUGCCAUCAGCUGGGCUCUGGCGCCAUCGUCAUUCAGCUGGCUCAGCCCUUUUGCAUUGGGUCGUUAAGGCUGCUGUUGUGGGACUGUGACGAGCGCUCUUACAGUUACUACAUCGAGGUGUCCUCUAAUCAGCAGGAGUGGACCAAGGUGGUAGACCGCACCCGCCUGGCAUGUCGCUCAUGGCAGACGCUCAAGUUUGACAAGCAGCCGGCCUCUUUCAUCCGAAUUGUGGGGACUCACAACACUGCUAAUGAGGUCUUCCACUGUGUCCACUUUGAGUGUCCCGCCCAGUUGGACACGGACGUCAAAGAAGGCAGCCCAGGCCUGGACGCUUCAGAUGCCGCCACAUCCUCGCUGCCGCCGCGACCUCAGCGACCAUCCCGCACUCAGAGCCUGCUGCCCUCCAACUCGUCUUCAUCUUCCUCACAGGCCCAUCAUUAAUAACACCCCCUCCUCCCGCCCACCCAGGUUUUGAAGGGGUCAGGAGGACCGUCAUUUUGCACAGCCUUUUUCCUCCUUGCUGCUCAACGGCGUCUUCUCGCUGUCAUAACCUGUGCCCUUUGUCGUGCGCGUGCCUCAAGACUUGCAUGUGUAGCAGCGGUGUUUUAAUACUCCUGUCUUCCCACUCGGUAGCUUCUGCGUCCACUGACUCGUUUGAUACGUUUUUGUGACCUUGGUCCUCUGAAGGCUUCGACUCAGCGCCUUUCUCAAGUCAAGGUGGUGGAAGAAGACGAUGCUAACGCUGAAUGAUAACCAUGACGAUGUGCUUUCACUACGGCAUUCAUCUUUUGAGUAAUAUUUCCCCUAGAUACAAAUACAGAUAGAAUCUAUUUUCAAAUCAGUGAUUGACCUCAUCAAAGACGCCUGUAGAUUUUGCAUUUCUCAAUUCUUCAACUUUUUGCCAAGUGUGAUGUUUGUACGCAAACAACACUUAAUCAAAUUAUGCAUUUGCAUAUGAAAUGAAAACUGCUAAGUGUUUGCAGUCCUUUAUCGGGAGAACUUUUUUUUUAAUACCUCAAGAGCAAACUAAAGCGAGAUUGACGUGUCUUAAUUGAGUAUUUUACGCACUUGCAUUUCUUAGCACAAACUGAGGAGGAAACCAAUUAGUUGACGAAAAUUUGGACUAAGAGGCUUGGACCAAAUGAUUUAUGCGCUGCAAAGAAGCGAAAACAGACUAUUACAGGAGCAGCUGCUAUUGGCACUUUAACAGACUCAAAUAGACACGAAUUGGGUGUUUUGACUGAAGUAAAAUACUGGAGCUGUGAAGUGAAAUGAAGUUCUUCAUCUCUUGAGAUGUUACUAUGUGUGUGUGUGUGAGUGUGUGUGUGUGUGUGUGUGUGUGUGUGUGUGUGUGUGUGUGUGUGUGUGUGUGUGUGUGUGUGUGUGUGUGUGUGUGUGUGUGUGUGUGUGUGUGUGUGUGUGUGUGUGUGUGUGUGUGUGUGUGUGUGUGUGUGUGUGUGUGUGUGUGUGUGUCUGUGUGUGUGUGUGUGUGUGUGUGUCUGUGUGUGUGUCUGUGUGUGUGUCUGUGUGUGUGUCUGUGUGUGUGUGUGUGUGUGUGUGUGUGUGUGCGUGCGCGCGCGCAUGUUUAAAUGUAACUACUCUGAUUGUUGCACUUUGUCCACGAGGAGCUAAUAGUCCU